AUGGCAGUAACACUUGUAGAAAUUAAAAAAAUGAUAAAAGAUUUGUUUUCAAAGUACAAAGUAGAAACGGAAGCUGCGCUAAAGCAACAAGAAAACAAUUUUAUAAAUAUAGUUAGUGCAAACACCAAAAUAUUAAACGAGAGAUUGGACAAAGUAGAAAAAAGUAUUUUGGAAAAUGCUAAAAAAAUAUCCACACUUGCAACAGAAGUUGAAGAAAUAAAAGAGACAAUUCUAAAAAACUCUUCAAAGUUAAAAGGAAAGAACAUUUUUAUAAACGAAGAUUUUUGCACGGAGACGAAUCGAAUUAGAGAGGAUUUACGAGAGAAAAUGAAAAUUGAAAGACAAUCGGGAAAAUUUGCGUAUAUUUCCUACGACAUGCUUAUUGUACGCGAGUGGAAUGCAAAAAAAAAGUAA